CUCCGAAAAAACUCAACUUGUUCCCAAAGUUGACAACACAACGAGGAGAUUCAAUAAGGUCAUACAUAUUAAUCAACAUAUAAUUUAUAAAUCUUCCCAUCAAAGCCAAUUAAGUAAAUAAGUAAAUAAGCACCGGGUUAGAAAUGGCCGAUAGCGACGACGAACCGAUAACCCUCUCGUCCCACGCUCUCGCGGCGCUGCAGGAGUUCUAUGGCGAGCGCGACGCGCGCGCCGACAAGUUCGAGAAGCUGAAGGCGGCGACCGAGGACCAGCAUGAUGCCGCCGCCGCCGCCGCGCAGCCGCUUUCCAUGGAUGCGUUUACGGAGGAUUGGAACGCGUCGCAGUUUUGGUACUCGGACGAGACGGCUACCCUGCUCGCGAAGCAGCUGCUAGAUGGCGUGCGCGAGGACGAGGUCAUCGCUGUGGUGUCGACGCCGAGCGUGUUCGUUGCGCUGAAGAAUUUGUUGAACGCAGCAGACGCCAACACCCCCAAACCCAAGAAAGUCCUCCUCCUCGAGCACGACCAGCGCUUCUCCGUGUUCCCCGAGUUCGUGUUCUACGACUUCCAGCAGCCCUUCAAGCUCCCCGCGGAGCUCAAAGGCGCCGUCGACCGCAUCAUCUACGACCCGCCUUUCCUCAGCGAGGACUGCCAGACAAAAAUCGCCCUCACCGUGCGCUGGAUGUCCCGCCCCGGCCCCCGGCUCCGGCUCGUCGUCUGCACGGGCGAGCGCAUGGAGCCGCUCAUCACGAAGCUGUACCGGGCGCUCGGGGCGCGGGCGACGACGUACGAGCUCGUGCACGCGCGCGGGCUGAGCAACGAGUUCUACUGCUACGCGAAUUUCGAGUGCGACGCUUGGAAGUACCGGGGCGGGGAAAGGGGAUGAAAAUGAUGAUGAAUGAGGAAGAGGAAGAGGACUGACUGACUGACUGACUGACUGGAUGAGCGGUUAAACUAACAGCAUCUACCUAUUUACUUUAACUCUAUUAAGAGGAGGAGUUAGGUUAGGUUAGGUAGGUAGUCUGAGAGCCCCGUUGUGCUGCGAAAGAAUAACGUCCGGCAUACACCACACCGCAGUCCUUGUAUAUAGGUACCUAAGGUAGGGUGGUCCGGUGGCGAUAGCAGUAGAAAAAAAAAAGUAGUAAUAUCACUCCGAACGUCUAGCGAACCGG